CUUUAUUUUUAAUCUUUUCUUCCUUUCUAGUUUUUUAUAUUAAAAGUAUGACAAACAUAAAGGGGAAGAAAGAAAAAACCAAACUCAUUUCUCUAUAUAGUUUUACUUCUUUUACUGAUAAUUGAACGAUUAUGUCUAAUUGUAACCCGACUCUAGUUGCGUUACUUGUUAUGCCGUUCCAUAUCAUGCUGGAAAUAAAUCCGAUAUGGCCGUUUGGAUCCAUUAUUUGCAACAUUUGGAUAUCAUCAGAUGUUAUGCUGUGUACGGCGUCAAUCCUUAAUCUUUGUGCCAUAUCUGUUGACAGAUAUUUCGCUAUUAACCAUCCAUUGAAAUAUGCUGCUAGGCGUUCAAAACGGUUGGCAAUAUCAAUGAUAUGCUUCGUUUGGUUAGCCGCUGUUGUAAUUACGUGUCCGCCAAUUUUCGGUUGGAGAGAAGGUGAUUGGGAAAGGGGCGAAUGUCGUCUCACUGACAACCCUGGAUACGUCAUUUAUUCAGCUUUAGGCAGUUUUUAUAUUCCACUAUUGGUUAUGCUCUUCGUUUAUAUAAGAAUUUUCCGAGUUGCUGCUUCUAGGGACCAAAAUCUUCAAGUUUAUAAUACUAAUAAUACGGAUAAAGAGAAGAAGAAAAAAGAUGAUCUCACAACUACAAGUCUCGACGAGGAGAGUGGAGAUACUCUUCUUCAGCUGCCCAACGUUGAAAAUGGAAAGCUAUCAAAAUUACGUAAUCGGCAACAAAUUGAAAGAUUUAGACUAUCUCUAUUAACUAGCACUCAAGCCAUGAGAGAUAUUGCCGCAAUUCAGGCAAGAGCGAGAAGAAACCCUGGAGGUACUUAUAGCAUUAAAGAACAAAAAAGAAAGGAAAGAGCAGUACUCUUGAAAGAGAGAAAAGCCGCUAAAACAUUAGCUAUAGUUGUUGGAUGCUUCAGCGUGUGUUGGUUACCCUUCUUCCUUAUUUAUAUAAUAGAACCAUUCUGCAAAAGUUGUCAAGUUCCUCCAAUUGUAGCAAUGUGUGCUACAUGGUUGGGUUAUUUUAAUUCACUCGUUAAUCCAUUUAUCUACGCGUUCUACAACAGAGAUUUCAGGUAUUCUUUUUACCAAUUAACCUUUGGCAAAUGCCGCGGCAAUUAAGGAUUUCCUCCAUCCAAAGGAGUAUACACACCUGUUUCGGACAUCCCUUUUUUUCUUCUUUUUCUAAUCAAUCAAUACAAAAACUUUAAUGAUUUGCCUAUAUAUCGGCUAUUCUUUUACCUUUUCAUUUUA